GCCUUAUCAGAAAGAUGGUUUGUAAGAGUUCCCAAGUUUUGCUGCUUUUGAUCUUUGCGAUACUUGCGUUGUAUGCGUACACAGAGAGUGUAUCGGCAGCUGAUAAAUACUGUGCCGCUGAUGGUGGAUUCACUCGGCAUGUGUCUGGCCAAGAUUGUGAUGAUCAAUACGAAUACAAAAACUGCGAGCAAUGGUGUCUAGAUCGUAAAAAAUGGUUCGAUAAACACUAUAUAAUAAAAGGAAAACUUGAGUCUAGCUGGCGGAAUCUGUAUAUUCCCAAGUAUUCAGGUGAUACUUGUGUUUGUUGUUGUAAAGAUGCCAUACCUGGAAAAACUCCACCACCAUCACCACCACGUGCCAAUAAAUAUUGUCCUGCCAAUAACAUCGAAAUCUAUGAGAGACUUGUGCUUCUUGGAGGCUGUGGUAAAGCUGAUGUGUACAACAAUUGCGCGGAUUUGUGUAUACAAAAAUCCAGAACCUACGCUAAAAGACUUGACGUCGGCGGUAAUUGCAUUUGUUGUUGUGCAGAUGUUAAACCACCACCACCAUGUCCACCACCACCAGCUCUUCCUCCACCACCAGCAUGCCAAGAGUGUGUAUGUGCUCUAAACAAUAGGUACUGCCCUGCGAAUAACAUAGAACGCGUUUGGCCGAAUAUGAUCUGUGGUGAUGGUGCUAGUGCUGACUUCAACCACUGCCAGAGUUGGUGUGCAGUUCGAGGCAGAAGCUACACUACAAAUAGAUACCCACUAAAAGAUGGUCGAGAUGAUUGUGUUUGUUGUUGUGGAGAUCCCCUGCGAUCACCUCCUUUUCCACCACGACCAUUAGCCUCCAAUCCAUCAGCGUCACCUCCAUCUCCAACCUCAUUGGCCCCAAAUCCAUCCGGCUCACCUCCAUCUCCAUCAUUUCCACCGGCCUCGCCUCCAUCUCCAUCAUUGUCACCACAAUUCGCCCCCAACCCGUCGGCCUUUCCAUCUCCAUCAUUUCCACCACCAUUCUCCCCAAACCCAUCGUCCUCGCCUCCAUCUCCAUCGGUGCCACCACCAUUCACCCACAACCCAUCGGCCUCACCUCCAUCUCCAUCAUUGCCACUACCAUUCGCCCCCAACCCAUCGUCCUCGCCUCCAUCUCCACCAUUCGCCCCUAACCCAUCGUCCUCGCCUCCAUCUCCAUCAUUGCCACCACCAUUCGCCCCUAACCCAUCGUCGUCCUCGCCUUCAUCUCCAUCAUUUCCACCGGCCUUGCCUCCAUCUCCAUCAUUUCCACCACCAUUCGCCCCCAACCCAUCGGUCUCGCCUCCAUAUCCAUCAUUGCCACCACCAUUAUCCCCUAGCCCGGCCUCACCUCCAUCUCCAACACUCCCACAACCAUUAUCCCCCAGCCCAUCAGCCUCACCUCCAUCUCAAACACUCCCACCACCAUUGGCCCCCAUCCAAUCAGCCACACUUCUAUCUCCAACAAUUCCACCACCAUUCGCCCCCAACCCAUCAUCCCCACCACCAUCAGAUUCAGAAAACACAGAACGAAGGUUAGCAUAUGAAACUAGUUGCACAGAGGUUACACUUCUUGAUUGUCAUAAUAAAUGUGCGGAAGAAAACGGAAAAGAAAGGUUAGCAUAUGAAAGCGAACUUUCCCAGCCUCCUUCAGAUUGUCUCAUCCACUGUUGUUGGACUGCUGCAGUAAAACAAGCUCCCGUUCAUGAUCAUAAUCAACAAUGAUUGGUGGUUCAUCAUUAUUCACCGUAGCAGCACAGUGAAUAAAAUGCUAUCAGAAAAUUAAUUAAGCUAUUGUAUGUCACAUGGGCAGCAUCCAGUGUGAUCUAUGGGAUAUAAAUUGAUCUUUGUUUUAUUCUAUAAGUUGGAUUAGAAUAUAAC